AUGAUACCAUUGGCAUAUUAUGAUCAACACUUUGUGCCUUUAGAACACUCUUACCAACUGGCCAAAACCAAUUCAUUAACACAUCAGUACACAGGUGAAAAACUAAAUCAAUCUAAUAACCAGCCUGUGGUCAGACUGCAGUCCCAUAGUAAUCAUCUUGCAGCACCUCCAGUUAGCUCUAAGCAGAUGGCACAGAGCUUCUCAUUAUUGUCAUCUGUCAAGUCUCAGGACACAAUUUCACAGGGCUUCAAUAACAAGGUUCUGAAAGCACCAGUAUCCCAACCCAAAUGUCAGGCCACACCUUCACUAGACCUCCACCAGAGAACUUCACUGUGGCCUAAUCGGAGAGUCCUGAGCUCACCUGUGAUACACCAUAAACCUGAGACAACAUCUUCACUUGAACUUAAUAAGACAUCUUCAUCUAUGGAGUCCACCCAAACAAAUCUGAGCUCACAAUUACCCCUCCCCAAACCUCAGACUUCAUCCUCACCAGACUUUUGCCAGACAUCAUCUUCACAGAAGUCUAAUCAGGGAGUCUCAAGUUCAUCAUUAUUCCCCUCCAAACAUCAAGAUACACCUUCCCUAGACAUCCUCUGGACAUCAUCAUCUUUGGGAUCUAAUCAAAGAGUGCUUAGCCCAACAUUACUGCAAUCCAGGCCUCAGAAAGCAUCUUCAUUGGAUAGCCUUUGGACAUCUUUGUUAGAGCGCAAUCAAAGAUCUUUGAGCUCACCAUCACUCAACUCUACACCUCAAAUAAAUGUCUUGCUUCAGUCAUCACGUCCAUCAAAAUCCAAUCAAAUGGCUCUGAACUCACCGUUACCUGACUCAAGAUAUCAGACAGCACCUACACUGAAUUCUAGUUCCUGUGUUCUGAGUUUACCACUGUCCCACUCAAAACCAAGGAAAUCACCUCCAGCACAUUCUGUCCACCAGGCUCAGAGUUUGCCAUUGUUCUCACUCAAAUCUCAGACAGUGCUUACACUUAAUCAGGACUUUAGGACCUUGAGCUCACCAGUUUGUCACUCCAAGUUUCAGAGCACUUUGUCACCAAAUGACAAACAGAAAGCCACAGAUUUAUCUUCAUCCCAUUCUAAACCAAAUGUCUUAGGUCCAUCAUUAUCAAGCUCCAAACACUUUAUCAGAAAUAUAGCUGCUUCAACAUUGGGCUCCAGAUUCCAAAGUAAAAGCAGCUUUGAUCUUUGUGCAAAGACAGAAUCAAAUAAAGAAAUUCCAUGGAGUUUAAAUUACAUUUAUCCUUGCAUUGUUAAAGGUGGAACUGUGCCUGAUGAUGUCCUAAAUAAAAUUGUCAAUUCUCUUUCCAAGACUAGAAUCCAGAGGGAUCUCUGUAGGCAGAUUCUCUUUCGAAGGAUGAGGGGAAAACCAAAUCCUCAUCCUGGUCCCCGUCUUUCAUCAAAUUAUAUAGUUUGUUUAGCUUGUGCUUCCUGCAUAAAAUCUCAGUGUAACCAUCUUACAGGAAGGAAGGAUCCUCGAGGUGCAACGCUGUUUGUCAUACCAACACCUGAACUCGGUUCUGAGGGAGAAACGGAAGUGAAAUUAGUUUUUCUCCUUUCUCUACCAGAGACUUCUCUCUCAUCUUGUCUCCCAUCCCCUGUGAAAGAAAAUCAGCCUGAUGAAGCCCCUGAAGACAACCUUGAAGGAAUGGAGAAGAUACGUAUUUUCUCUCCAUCUGAACCUGAAAUCACACAGGAGCUAAAUAACAAAUGGCCGACAGCAGGCCCUGAAAACAAAGUUGUAAGCCAACAACCCCAGGCUAUUGACUGGCUGCUUUAUGUUAAGAAAAGUAGUAAUUUUCAGCCACAGUCCUCUUCUACCUCUACAUCCUCCUCCUCCUCUUCAUCUUCUUCUUCCUCUUCCUCUUCCUCUUGCACUCCACCUUCCUUACUGUCUCCUUCCAAAGAGUCUACCACAUCUACUCUCUCAGGUUGUGUAUUCACUAAGGUACUUAGUUACCACCGGUUGCCUCCAGGGGUCUCCUGGCUUGAGUUUAUAUGUAGUAAAAAUCACCAGCCACUUCCUGGAAAACCACAACAAAGUCAAUCACGACCUCCCAAAACAUGGCCUAUGAGGAAUAGCACCACAGUAAAAGGGUCAAAGGGGCCAAAGAUACUGUUCAAAAUUUUCCAGACAGUUUCAAAAUGA